CACCACGCCGGCCCCAAGUCAUUAAUUGAAAUACUACCCGUGAACUAUGGCAUGUGGAUGAUUUUUUUUAAGAUUUUGUUUAUUUAUUUGAGACGAAGAGUUACAGAGAGGGAGAAACAGACAGAAAGGUCUUCCAUCUGCUGAUUCACUCGUCAAAUGGCCACAGUGGCCUGAGAUGGGCCAAUUCAAAGCCAGGAGCAGGUGCUGGGGCCCAAGCACUUGGGCCAUCUGCUGCUGCUUUCACAGGCCAUAGUGGAGAGCUGGAUUGGAAGAGGAGCAGCCAUAUGGGAUGCCAUCACCACAGGCAGAGGCUUUGCCUCCUAUGCCACAGCGCCGGCCUGUGGAUGAUUAUCUUAAAUCAGAAUCUGUUACUGUGUGCUGUUUUGAUAAGUAUAAAUUUAAUAAGUAUAAAAGUUCCUAUUUUCUCACCUCUCCCCUCUUCUCGAAACCUCAUUUUUCUCAUUUGUGUUAAUGAGUUUUUGUUGAAGUGUUGAUUUUCUUCCAUAUUUGAAAUUUUAUUCUCUUUACAUUUGCUAUCCUAUCUGAAGAAUCACCUAUUUUUAUAGUUGCCUACUAGCACUCUGAAUUCCGAGUUGGUAAUCAUUUAGAUUCCUUCUAUUCCUCUUUAUCUUUUUUAUAUUCUUUGUGCCACAUCUCAUUAUAGAAAAAUCACAGAUAGUUUAUUGCAGGCUUCCAAACUAUUGGUUUGUGCUUAUACAUUUUAAAAGGUUUUUGUAAAAGGCUUUCCCUUCCACUCCCACACACAUGAGUAAAUUACAGAGCUGGCAACUAAUUAGAUGGUGAGAAUUCUUUCUCAAACACUUUCCCUGUUCUGUUAUUGAAAGUUUUUUUUUUUUAGAAGCAGUGUUUUAAUUGUCAAAAGAUUUGAAGGGUAUUUUGCUGUUUCAGUUGUUUAGAACUUUGCUAUCACAGAUAAAUGUUUUUCUUCCUGAAAACUGAGUAUUUCUAAGCCACAGUGAAAAUUACCUGUGCUUUUUUAAAAAAAUUUUUUUAAAGAUUUAUUUCCUUGAAAGUCAGAGGGACAGAGAGAGAGAGAGAGAUCUUCCGUUUGCUGCUUUACUCCGCAAUGGCCACAACAGCCAGGUCUGGGCCAAGCAAAAGUCAGAAGCCAGGGACUCCAUCCUGGUCUUCCACAUGGGUGGCAGGGGCCCAAGAUACUUGGAUCAUCUUCUGCCUUUCUGGGUACAUUAGCAGGAAGCUGGAUCAAAAGCAAAGCAGCCAGGGCGCAAAUCAGUACUCCUAUAUGGAAUGCCAGCAUCAAAAGUAGCGGCUGCACCACAGUGCCAGCUCCUGCACUUUUCUACAUACAAUCUGACCUUCAGCUUCUGUGGGUUCUGCGUUCAUGGAUUCAACCAACCUCAGAAAAUAUUUGGGGGAAAAAUGCAUCUAUACUGAACAUGUUCAGAGAGGAUUAGUGAUCUACGUGUGCUUUUUCAAGGGAGCCGAUAAAGAACUUCUUCCCAAAAUGGAUGGCGCCGAAGGCGAAGAAGGAAGCUCCUGCCCCUCCUAAAGUCAAAGCCAAAGCGAAGGCCUUGAAGGCCAAGAAGGCAGUGCUGAAAGGUGUCCACAGCCACAAGAAGAAGAAGAUCCGCACGUCCCCCACCUUCCGGCGGCCCAAGACACUACGCCUCCGACGGCAGCCCAAAUACCCUCGGAAGAGUGCCCCCAGGAGAAACAAGCUUGACCACUAUGCCAUCAUCAAGUUCCCCCUGACCACGGAGUCGGCCGUGAAGAAGAUAGAAGACAACAACACACUGGUGUUCAUUGUGGAUGUCAAGGCCAACAAGCACCAGAUCAAACAAGCUGUGAGGAAACUCUAUGACAUUGAUGUGGCCAAAGUCAACACCCUGAUCAGCCCUGACGGAGAGAAGAAGGCGAAUGUGCGGCUGGCUCCUGACUAUGAUGCUCUGGACGUUGCCAACAAAAUUGGGAUCAUCUGAACGGAGUCCAGCUGGCUAAUUCUAAAUAUAUGCUUUUUCACCAUAAAAAAAAAAAAUAUGUCCACCUUUCCAGCAGUCUGCCAGAGUUGUUCUCAGGAUCACUUGAAUCUGAAUUGCUGUGAAAAAUGCAGAUUCCUGCAUCUAUGGAAUCAGAAUUUCUGAGAGGGACCUUGGAGCCUGCAUUUUAACUGUCAUUUUUCACAGCCAGUGAUUCUUUUUUUUUUUUUUAAGUUGUGCUUGAUAAAUUCUAAAAUUUACCAACUCUACCAUUUUGUGGAAAUCUUUUAAAUUAGAAGGAGUUGGUUUAACUUGAAACAGAUAAACUGAAAAAAAGGUACUUAGGUUUGUGUUGAUUUGAGCUAUCGUUGUUUCUCUUAAUUCUACUAGUAUGUGGUUAUUCAUUAAAGCAUCUACAGUCUUCUUGUGUCUCAUGAGUCUUCAUUUGGUUUUUAAAAGCUGAGCCAUGGUUGGAGCAUCAGGCAUUUCAACAGCUUUCUGACAUUUCAUAGUUCCAUGUUUCCUUGGUGAUUCUAGUGUUCAUAGUCUGCCAGAUCCACUUUGAGCCAUUGCUACUCUGCAUGCCUUUUCCAUUGUUGGUAAUGUCCUUUCUUCUUCUUUUUCCCAUAAAGAAAAUGUCUUAUUUUCUCAGGGCCCUGAGUUGGCAAAUUUUAAAGCUCUCUUCACUUGUGAAAAAGAAAGUAUCUGAUAAUCUUUAAGCAAUAAUUAAAUUUUGUGCCCUCAGUCACCUUGGUGCUAGUUAGCUUUCUUUUCCAUCAUAAAUCAGAGCUGAAGUUUAAUUUCAAAUUAUUGCUUAAAGUUUUACUCAGAGCACUUGCUAUCAUUUGAUAAAUAAAAAUAAUGACUAUACAUAUCCUCCAACAAUAUUUUUUUUCCUAAUCCUUUUUUCCUCUAGGGGUGGUAAAAAUGUUCUAUUUGAUAAAGUUUUCUAAA